AUGAGCGACAACGAUACCACAGCACCAGGAGCACCUGAAGUAGACCCAGUCCAACAACUCCUGCAGUCCAACAAUGGAGGUCAACCCAUGUCAACCGAACAAAGAAACGACCGUCGUGAGGCACUCCUGAAGCGUCAGAGGGAAUCCAGAGAGAAGGCUCAACAGAUGUCUGCCGCCGCCCGGGCUAAUGCCGCUCCCACAUCUGCACCCGCCACCACCACCGCCACCCCUACUACAACUGCCCUUGCUUCAACAACCGCGCCAGCUGCACCUGCACCAGCACCAGUAGCAGCAGCGCCAGUAGUGGUGGCGGAUGCACCAGUCCGAGAGAACAUGGUCCAACAGGCAGUCUCGUUCCUGUCCUCGGCCAGCGUCCAGUCGGCCGAGGAGUCCAAAAAGACGGCGUUCCUGGAAAAGAAGGGUUUGACCCUCAAGGAGAUUGAGCUUGCCCGGGCCCGAAUGGCUGGCACUGCUGCCGCUCCUGCUCCCGUCUCAACAGCACCCGUUGCUUUCAACCCUCAACAACAACAACAACAACCACAAGCACCAGCAACAUACCAGGCAACAGGAGCACCACCACCAGUGCCUCCACGCACCUAUGCUCCCGCUCAGGGAUAUCCUAUCCAGCAACAACAACCCAUGUACAUCCCUCAACAGCAGGUUGCUGUUGAUCCUAAUGCAUUCAAGAAGAAGGUUGUCUUGGCCUUGUUGAUCUCGGGUGGCGUCACCGUCCUCGCCAGUGUCAUCGUCAAGAAAUUGAUAUACCCCAUGAUCCGUGGCAUCACAGGCGCACGUCAAUCAUUGGCAGUUUCGCAGACCGAGAUCUUGAGCAAGCUGAAGGAGAAACUGUUGGACUACAAGGAGUAUUUGGUCGGGCUUCAUCUCGGAUCCAACCGUGCCCCCGUCGUCAAGAAGAUUGAGGAUUCCAAGGAUGCUUCAGGAACUAUUACUGACAAGGACGAAAAUUCGAACACUAGCAAGAAGACUACCAUCGAGGAUGUGGAGGAGGAUGGUACUUCCAAGGCUGUCAUCAAGACUACUACAACCACCACCACUACGACAAAAUCAACAACAGCAUCAGGAGCACCAUACGUCUCGACAGUUAAACAACUGGAUGCCUUCUCCCAAAAGCUCGAGUCGCACUCGAACCAGCUCAACUUUGAGCAGCUCAAGGCGACCCGCGCAAUGGCUCAGGACCUGGCAGAGUACAUCACCAAGGAGACUUACUCCCUUUCGACCUCGAUCGCCUACCCAACCUCAAGAUACUAUGGCUACAACACAGGCGCUGCCGCUGCAUCCGGUAAAGCUGGUGGCCUGGCGGAUCCUACUACGCCCGAGAGCGCAUUGAAGAGCGAGAUCCGGUCGUUGAAGGGUUUGUUGCUCAACUGGAGGAAUUUCCCUGUCGCCAAGGACGGUGGUGCCGGCGUUGGUGGUUUCUCUUCUCCUGUUCUGCCCAACUUGGUCCAGCAGCAGUAA